AUGUCACGCCAUUUAUUCUCAUCGGCACCCGUCCGCCGGUUAUCCCAAGCACAGACGUGCCGGCUCUUCUCAACUUCCCGACCGGCUUUGCGCCUCUCCGCAUUCCCCGGCAGCGAAAUCGUUCCUCGCCGCCCAGGCACUGUCGCAAGUAGCGCACAUCCUCUCAAACGCUCAGCACCUCAAUCCCCAACCUCUCGCUAUAUCCGCCAGCAACAUGCGUGUUUUUCUUCCUCGUCCGUCCGCCCGGCUACCAAGGUCACGCAAAACCCGAGAACCGGAGAUGAUGGAGAACCCCUCAUGAUGGCUAUUUCGCCACGGGCUGUGGAGCGUCUCCGCGAAAUCACGGACCCAACCUCUUCUCCCUCCGCCAUCAAGGAAGAGAACCCAUACCACCAUCUUCGCAUUACAGUCACCAGUGGCGGAUGCCAUGGUUUCCAAUAUAUGAUGUCCUUAGAAGGGGCUUCCAAAAUUGACCCGGAAGAGGAUACUGUGUUUGAAGGAGAAGCAGAGGCUUCAGAAGCUGCCACAGAGUCAGCCGGCCAGGCCAAGGUCGUUAUGGAUGAGCCCUCGCUCGAGCUGCUGCACGGGAGCACUGUGGACUAUACCACCGAGUUGAUCGGGAGCCAGUUCAAGAUUGUGGAUAACCCCCGCGCAACAAGUAACUGCGGUUGCGGGACAAGUUUCGAUGUCAGUGAUUGA